AUGACAUUGGAGAUAAAGAACGUGCGCGUCAAUCUUGACAAUGGCGGCGAAGGCGGCUCGGAUGACACUCACACCAUCCCCUUCGUCUCGUUGAAUGACCCCGAAUUGCGUCGCGACUUUCGUGCAGUCGCAGCGUCCACGAAGGAAGUGAAAGAUGGGCGGGCAAAUCUUCUGCAUAUUUGUAACGAAUGCGGGAAGACGUCGGAUAGUGGGGACAAAUUGCUGAAGUGCUCGAGGAAUAGCAGUGAGGAACGUGACAGAUUGCCCAAUUCUAGGCCAGCACACAAGGUUGUUUGUCAACACAGCGAAUCAGCAGAAGCACGAUUGAUACCUUCAUUUCUCGCCAAUACCGUUCUUAAUGAUUACCUUCAAAUCAUACUCGUCUUUGUGUUCAAAUUGCUCGAAGAACCCAACCCUGAAAACCCUCUCAUUGCCGAAUGCGAUGUCGAGCUCUUCCCAGCUGACACGGCACGGCAGUUACAACUAUUGUUUAGCGGCGAAAAGGAGCCAGAAACUGAAGGAAUGCUCCAAGUACGAGGAAUGAAGUCUCUGGAUUCUGAAACCUCGAUAGAUGAUGUAAGGAUGGCGCUAUGGAAAAGCAAGAAGGAGUGGUAUCGCAAGCAAGGGCACCCAGACGUGCAUGUAGUGCUCGUCGACUUUGUGAUGAGGCGUACGAAGCAGAGAUCGACGUUUGCAGUUGGCCUUUUGGAAACUGCGUUUGAUAGAAUUAGGUCGGGUUCAACGUUGGAGAUGAAGUCGUCUAUGUUUGGGUCCACGUUUAUGCCUCUUAGUAUCGCGGCAUGUCUUGAUGCCAUUAAUACGCACAUACGGUCGGACAAACGUAACCAACUACGAUUACGAGCAACCCUUCUAAAUUGGGAGCCACACUCUGGGACUGAGUAA